GUUAAAUAUCGCCCUUUUUCUUGUGGAGUUCGAUGGCGCAGUUGGUAAAAACACAUGACAAUUCAUACUUACAAAAGCUUGACACUGAUUUACUUGGUGGGGACCUGGUUCAAGCACAACGCCGUUAAAACAGAGUGAGGAUAAAAUGCAUAAAAUCUAUCAUCAUAGGCCUUGAGUAAAUACAAGUCCACACAAGUGAAAGAUGGAUGAGAUCAAAGGAAUCUGUCGAGAAGAAAUAGCCCUCGAAGGGUUGGAUGGAAUCACUUUUGGAAGUUUGUGGUUCCGACUCCAAAAUUGCAUGCCUGCGUUUCCGUUACCGAUUGAUGACUACACUAAACCGUUUAUCUGGGAGCUUAUCUCAUCCUUGGAAGAUGUCAACUUCUUCGAGCUUCCUACAGCCCGGCCACCGAUAACAGUUGCUGAUGAUGCAAAAGAGUUUUCGGAGUUACUAGCUACCUACGUGUGGUUUGACCAGGUUGCAGUGGAACCGCAACAGGUGGUUAAUGAUGAGGAAAGUGCACUAAGGGGAUGCUCAACCACUUACUACACCCGUAAAAACAUUACUUCAGAAGUCCGCCCAGAAACAGGAAAAAUCCUUACGUUUGCCGAAGUUGAAAGCAGGUGA